CUCCAAACCACCUACUUCCUCCCACAACACACAUCGAUAUGGCGGACGAAGUAUACGAUGGUGCCAUUGGCAUCGAUCUCGGAACCACCUAUUCAUGUGUCGCCAACUAUGAGGGCGCCGGUGUUGAAAUCAUCGCCAACGAGCAGGGAAGCUUCACCACCCCUUCGUUCGUCUCCUUCACCGCCGAGGAGCGUCUCAUCGGAGAGGCCGCGAAGAACCAGGCCGCCAUGAACCCAGAGAACACCGUCUUCGAUGUCAAGCGUCUCAUCGGACGACGAUUUGAUGACCCAACCGUGAAGAAGGACAUUGAAUCGUGGCCAUUCAAGGUCGUCGAGGAGGGCGAGAACCAGCCCAAGGUCCAGGUCGAGUACCUCGGAGAGACCAAGACCUUCUCUCCUCAGGAAAUCUCGGCCAUGGUCCUGGUCAAGAUGAAGGAGGUUGCUGAGACUAAGCUCGGCAAGAAGGUCGAGAAGGCCGUCAUCACUGUCCCAGCUUACUUCAACGACAACCAGCGUCAAGCUACCAAGGAUGCCGGUUCCAUCGCUGGUCUUAACGUUCUCCGUAUCAUCAACGAGCCCACCGCUGCCGCUAUUGCCUACGGUCUCGGUGCCGGCAAGUCCGACAAGGAGCGCAACGUUCUCAUCUACGAUCUUGGUGGAGGUACCUUUGAUGUGUCUCUCCUCAACAUCCAGGGCGGUGUGUUCACUGUCAAGGCUACUGCUGGUGACACUCACUUGGGUGGAUCCGACUUCGAUACUGCUCUCCUUGAGCACUUCAAAAAGGAAUUCCUGAAGAAGACCAAAAAAGAUCUUUCCUCCGACCCACGUGCUCUUCGCCGACUGAGAACUGCUUGCGAACGUGCCAAGCGUACCCUUUCCAACGGUACCCAGACCACCGUCGAGAUCGACUCCCUUUUCGAUGGCGAGGACUUCAACGCCAGCAUCACCCGUGCCCGUUUCGAAGACAUCAACAGCAAGGCUUUCAACGGCACCCUUCAGCCCGUCGAGCAGGUCCUCAAGGACGCUUCGAUUGAGAAGAGCAAGGUUGACGAGAUUGUGCUUGUCGGUGGUUCUACUCGUAUUCCACGGAUACAAAAGCUCCUCAGCGACUUCUUCAACGGCAAGAAGCUGGAGAAGAGCAUCAACCCUGACGAGGCUGUCGCUUACGGUGCUGCCGUCCAGGCUGGUAUCCUUUCUGGCAAGGCCACAUCUGCCGACACUGCCGAUCUCCUGCUUUUGGACGUCGUGCCAUUGUCGCUUGGUGUUGCCAUGGAGGGCAACAUCUUUGCUCCUGUCGUUCCUCGUGGACAGACUGUCCCAACUAUCAAGAGGCGUACCUUCACGACUGUUGCCGACAACCAGCAGACGGUGCAAUUCCCCGUCUUCCAGGGAGAGCGUGUCAACUGCGAGGACAACACUUCCCUCGGAGAGUUCACACUCUCGCCCAUCCCACCUAUGAAGGCUGGUGACGCGGUCCUCGAGGUCGUCUUCGAGGUCGAUGUCAACGGUAUCCUGAAGGUCACCGCCACCGAGAAGUCCUCCGGUCGCAGUGCUAACAUCACCAUCUCCAACUCGGUCGGAAAGCUCAGCUCUGGCGAGAUCGAGAAGAUGGUUGAGGAUGCCGCCAAGUUCAAGGACAGCGACACUGCAUUCAGCAAGAAGUUCGAGUCGAGACAACAGUUGGAGAGCUACAUCAGCAGAGUCGAGGAGAUUGUCUCUGACCCGACAAUGAGCAUGAAGCUCAAGCGUGGACAGAAGGAGAAGAUUGAGAGCGCUCUCUCCGAAGCCAUGGCCGCGCUCGAGGUUGAUGACGCCAGCAGCGACGACCUCAAGAAGAAGGAGCUCGCACUGAAGCGUGUUGUCACCAAGGCCAUGUCCACCCGAUAAACGCCUCAGGUCUACUUUUGGGUCAUCAUAUUCCGGCGUUUUGCGUGCCUGGGAGACGAAAAAGGAUGCUGGGCAGGGUGCCUAUCGUGCUGAGGGCUCCCAUGGACACGCAUAGUAUAGAUCACUAGCAAUGACGGGAUAGCUGGCAAAAGCGAGAUUGAUGUAUGAUCAGCAUUCGAGAUCAAGAAUGCCACGCAGCGAGUGUUUGUCAGCAGCUAUGAAAUGAGACUUGCAAUGAUCAACUACUACC